AUGCGCGUGGCUGUCAUCGGGGCCGGGGUGAUCGGCCUCUCCACCGCCCUGUGCAUCCACGAGCGGUACCAUGGCCUGGUGCCCUCCCUGGAGAUGGAGGUCUAUGCAGACCGCUGCACGCCCCGCACCACCAGCGAUGGGGCGGCUGGCUUGUGGCAGCCCUACCUGAGCGACCACGGCAACCUGCAGGAGACGGUGGGAGCCGGCAGAGCAUCGCCGGCCGUGCUGUGCCGCAGCUGCAUGCCUGCCCGCGCUCCUCUGGGGUGGGCUGUGUCCCCCCCCGGGCUUCUGUCCCACAAUGGCACGGCGAUUCGCUUCAUUAACGAGCUUGGACCUUUUUCGCUACUGCAGGACCCGUCUUGGAAGAACAUUGUCCUGGGAUUCAGGAACUUGACACCAAAAGAGCUUGAACUCUUUCCUGGUUACAGCUACGGCUGGUUCAACACGGCGCUGAUGCUGGAGUGCAGGAGGUAUCUGCCGUGGCUCACCGACAGGUUAACGCAGAGAGGAGUGAAGUUUUUCCAUAAGAAGGUUGAAUCUUUCCAGGAGAUAUUUGCCCAGGGCGUGGAUGUUGUAAUAAACUGCACUGGGGUGCGUGCGGGGGAGCUGCAGCCCGACCCGGAGCUACAGCCCGGCCGUGGACAGGUCAUAAAGGUCUUGGCCCCGUGGGUGAAGCAUUUCAUCAUCACUCACAACAUCGAAUCUGGUAUCUACAACUCGCCGUACGUCAUACCGGGGAGUGAGUUCACGGUCUUGGGAGGGAUCUAUCAGCACGGCAACUGGAACGAAGAAAACAGCGCCCAGGAUCACAAAACCAUCUGGGAGAACUGCUGCCGGCUGCUCCCUGCUCUCCAGAAAGCAAAGAUCGUAGAGGAGUGGAGCGGCUUGCGACCAGCACGCCCCUGGGUUCGCUUGGAGCGGGAGACCAUCCGCCACGGGCAUUUCCAGGCAGAGGUGAUACACAACUAUGGCCACGGUGGGUUCGGGAUCACCAGCCACUGGGGCUGUGCCAUGGCAGCAGCCAGGCUCUUUGGGAGCAUCCUCCAGGAGAAGAAGCUGGCCAGCCCGCCGCAGCCCCGCUUGUGA